GUAAAAAGUCGCGCCUUCCCCUCCACGCCCCCCUGCCUCGCCGCACACGCACGGCCCGCGGCUCGUCCCCCUGUCCCCGAGCCCCCGCCCGGCUGCCGGGGCGGCGGAUGGCGCGGGCGGCGGGAGGCCGCUCGCUCCCGCGGGCAGGGCCGCAGCGCGCCUAGGCCCCGCGGGCACGCUCCACCCCGCACCAUGCUGGCCGCCGCUUGGCUGGGCAGGGGGUUCUGGGGGCUCCUCCGCAGCGCGGGGCGGAGGCGGCCGGGCGGUGGCGGCGCAAGGCCUCUGGUCAGCCGGCUCGGAGCGGCGGAGGGGCGCGGCGGGGGUGUGGGCGGCCGCCGCCAUGGCAACAGCGGCGUGUUCGGCUGGGCGGCGGGCGGCGGGGCUCCGGCGAGGUGGUGGCGGCAGCCCCAGCGGCUGCUGCGGGAGCCCGCCGCCGCCUGGCGCCUCCUCAGCGGCGGGGCCGCCCCACCGGAGCCCCCCCGGGAGCGGCGUGUGGCGGGGCGGUACGCCGAGCUGUAUGAAAACCCCUGGACCAUCCCAAACAUACUGUCAAUGGCAAGAAUGGGUUUGGCGCCAGUUUUGGGCUAUUUGAUCGUUGAAGAAAACUUCAGUGUUGCACUGGGUGUCUUCGUUUUGGCUGGUGUGACGGAUUUGUUGGAUGGAUUUAUUGCACGGAACUGGGCUAAUCAGAAAUCAGCUUUGGGAAGUGCUCUCGAUCCUCUGGCUGAUAAAAUUCUCAUCAGUGUGCUCUACAUAAGCCUGACUUGUACAAAUCUUAUCCCAGUUCCCCUUACUUCCAUGAUUAUUCUGAGGGAUGUAGCGCUCAUUGCUGCUGUUUUUUAUGUGCGAUACAAAACUCUUUCUCCACCGAGAACACUCAGUAGGUAUUUUAACCCCUGUUAUGCGACUGCCCAACUAAAACCAACAUUCAUUAGUAAGAUGAACACAGCGGUUCAGCUAAUUUUGGUGGCAGCUUCUUUAGCAGCUCCUGUUUUCAAUUAUGUGGACAGCAUAUAUCUGCAGACAUUAUGGUGCAUCACGGCUUUCACGACGGUAACAUCUGCGUACAGUUAUUACCACUAUGGCCGAAAAACGGUUCAGGUGAUAAAUAACAAAUGAAGUUCUCCUGAAAGGACAGGAUCUUGGCACCACUGGGUGCUGUACUGCCCAAGGGGGUUAUAUUGCAACUGAAUUUUGGAUCAAGAGCUCUUGGUUUUUUUCUGCUUAAACCAUGGCAUCGCAAUGAAGUGAAGAUUGAACAUGUACUGUGUAUAUAUAGAGAGACUUUUCAAUGUAUUUUUAAUUUGUUUAAAAAUAGGGUUGUUUACAAAAACAAAUAAAUAAUAUUCUUAAUGACACAGGUUACUGAUUGAUGCCACGUGCAUUCUGAAUAAUUUUAUACUCUUUUUUGAAGUAAAAAUAAUGCACUUUUCACCAGCUUUCUUGCCAUCUUCACACAAGGCACUGAGUAGGCCGAGAUCUAAGAAGAAAAAUCAAUUAUAAGAACAGAUUUGUCUUUGUACCUCAGCCUAAGUCACUAAACCAGCAUUGCUCAUGAGGACUUCAUGAUGUCCAUCAGUCUGCAGCAGAGGAAAGCAUCUCAUCGGGGAACAGUAUCUUCAGAGAUCUAGACCAGAGAGAUAAAAAUUUUUUACUUCGUAUUCUGUGGUGGUAUGGAUAAGCCAUGAAGAGUUACUACCCUGCCCCCUUUUUCAAUAUAAGCAACCAUGAACUGUACUCAUCAGAGAAGAGCAUUGGGUCCCAGAAGGGUCGGCUGUGCAGUGAGGAGUCUGUACCCAAAUGGAGUUAUGUUUCUCAUGCUAUAUAUUAAUUUCUAGUGAUUGAAAGGAACUCCUGUAUCUCCAGAUUCUUUAAAGCUUUUAAUGAUGCUGUUUAAUCUAAAUACUGCUGUAGAAAAGGGACAUUUUAAGUAUUGUCCAAAUGAAUGGAGAGAAUGGAGAAACUGUUAGCUGCACAUACUGUUAAUUCCUUAAUUUUCCUAUUCCUCUAGCUUGAAGAGGGUACGCCAUGAUCCCCUCGGGCCAGGACAACUUGCACAUGUUCUUUGGCUAUUCUCUACUUACAGAAAGAUACAGAAUAAAGAACUAGGCAGAAGAGAUCAUGUUGAUCAUAAACCUAUGUUUUAUAUUCUUGAGCAAUGUGAUAUUUCUUGUAUGUCAAAAAAGUGCAACUAUGAAGGGCUUAAAUAAUUGAAAUCAGGUGGUGAGGCCACUGAUAAAUGAUACUAG